CAGAAGAAGCUGCUGGGGCUCGGGGGGCUCAAGAAGCUGCCGCGCGUGUUUCCCGCGGACGAGCUGGUGAACCGGGCGGUGAACCGAGCGUUGUCGCACAAGGAGGACACGACGGUGAAGAACCAGCGGCAGAGGGCGCGGAAGUAUGCGGCAGAGCAGCUGGCGAUCCUGUCGAAGGAGCUCACGAAGCCGACGGGAGAGAUCCUAGAGGGGUACGAGAAGAUCCUCAAGAACCUGUCGCCCUUCGAGAAGGUUGUGGCAGAUCUGACAGUGAAGUCGCGGGAGCUUGCUGGGUACGGAUCUCUCCCUGACACCUUGAAAGGGCUGCAGGAGCUGAGAAAGGACACCAUGGAGGUCUGCAAGGCAGGGACCAAGGCUGCAAAGGAGGCGGUUUCUCGCAAGUUGACGCUGGAAGAGGUGGACGUAGCGAUUGCGAGCAUUGAGGAGCUGUGGGAGCGAGACGGCUGGGUCCUCGACCUCCUGCUCAACAUGGGCCAGGAGCUGAGGAGCGUCCCCAUGGUGGACCCCGAGCUUGACACCGUCGUUCUAGUCGGCUCUCCAAAUGUUGGCAAGAGCAGCAUCGUUCGCAGCAUCUCCACAGGAACGCCUGAAGUCAACAACUAUCCCUUCACCACCAGAGGCAUGACCCUCGGUCACAUUCUGGAUGACCUUGGCGAGCAGAUCUGUCAGCAGGUCAUGGACACGCCUGGUCUGCUCCCCCGCUCCGACCAGGAGAGAAACGAGAUGGAGAAGCUGACGCUCGCCUCCAUGGAGCAUCUCAACAGCGUCAUCAUCUUCGUGCUCGACCUCACUGGAGAGAGCGGGAUCAAGUCCUCCAUCUCUGAUCAGCUGAGCGUGAGGGAUGAGCUGAGAAUUCGCUUUCCGGAUCGCGAGUGGAUCGAUGUUGUCAGUAAGGCAGAUAUCCCC